CGGUCCAGAGCCAGGCGGCGGCAGAGCGAGGGGCAUCCGCUACCGCCAAGUCCAGAGCCAUAUCCAUCCUGCAGAAGAAGCCCCGCCACCAGCAGCUUCUGCCAUCUCUCUCCUCCUUUUUCUUCAGCCACAGGCUCCCAGACAUGACAGCCAUCAUCAAAGAGAUCGUUAGCAGAAACAAAAGGAGAUAUCAAGAGGAUGGAUUCGACUUAGACUUGACCUAUAUUUAUCCCAACAUUAUUGCUAUGGGGUUUCCUGCAGAAAGACUUGAAGGCGUAUACAGGAACAAUAUUGAUGAUGUAGUAAGGUGUGCUGAAAGACAUUAUGAUACCGCCAAAUUUAACUGCAGAGUUGCACAGUAUCCUUUUGAAGACCAUAAUCCACCACAACUAGAACUUAUCAAACCCUUUUGUGAAGAUCUUGACCAAUGGCUAAGUGAAGAUGACAAUCAUGUUGCAGCAAUUCACUGUAAAGCUGGAAAGGGACGAACUGGUGUAAUGAUUUGUGCAUAUUUAUUACAUCGGGGCAAAUUUUUAAAGGCACAAGAGGCCCUAGAUUUCUAUGGGGAAGUAAGGACCAGAGACAAAAAGGGAGUAACUAUUCCCAGUCAGAGGCGCUAUGUGUAUUAUUAUAGCUACCUGUUAAAGAAUCAUCUGGAUUAUAGACCAGUGGCACUGUUGUUUCACAAGAUGAUGUUUGAAACUAUUCCAAUGUUCAGUGGCGGAACUUGCAAUCCUCAGUUUGUGGUCUGCCAGCUAAAGGUGAAGAUCUAUUCCUCCAAUUCAGGACCCACACGACGGGAAGACAAGUUCAUGUACUUCGAGUUCCCUCAGCCGUUACCUGUGUGUGGUGACAUCAAAGUAGAGUUCUUCCACAAACAGAACAAGAUGCUAAAAAAGGACAAAAUGUUUCACUUUUGGGUAAACACAUUCUUCAUACCAGGACCAGAGGAAACCUCAGAAAAAGUAGAAAAUGGAAGUCUAUGUGAUCAAGAAAUUGAUAGUAUUUGCAGUAUAGAGCGUGCAGAUAAUGACAAGGAAUAUCUAGUACUCACUUUAACAAAAAAUGAUCUCGACAAAGCAAAUAAAGACAAGGCCAACCGAUACUUUUCUCCAAAUUUUAAGGUGAAGCUGUACUUCACGAAAACAGUAGAGGAGCCAUCAAAUCCCGAGGCUAGCAGUUCAACUUCUGUAACACCAGACGUUAGUGACAAUGAACCUGACCAUUAUCGAUAUUCUGACACCACUGACUCUGAUCCAGAGAAUGAACCUUUUGAUGAAGAUCAGCAUACACAGAUUACAAAAGUCUGAAUUUUUUUUUAAUCAAGACGGAUAAAACACCAUGAAAACAAACUUGAAUAAACUGAAAUUGGACCUUUUUUUUUUAAUGGCAAUAGGACAUUGUGUCAGAUUACCAGUUAUAGGAACAAUUCUCUUUUCCCGACCAAUCUUGUUUUACCCUCUACAUCCACAGGGUUUUGACACUUGUUGUCCAGUUGAAAAAAGGUUGUGUAGCUGUGUCAUGUAUAUACCUUUUUGUGUCAAAAGGACAUUUAAAAUUCAAUUAGGAUAAAUAAAGAUGGCACUUUCCCAUUUUAUUCCAGUUUUAUAAAAAGUGGAGACAGACUGAUGUGUAUACGUAGGAAUUUCUCAUUUUGUGUUCUGUCACCAACUGAAGUGGCUAAAGAGUGUUGUGAUACACAGGUUCACAUCCUACCCCUCUGCACUUGUGGCACAGAUGAGUUUGCAGUUGGCUCAGAGGAGUUUCUCAAGGGUUUAGCUACAUUGUACUGCAUGUGUUCGGGCUAGGGGAGUGGAGGAAGUGCUGGGCUCUGGACCGCACACCACGUCCAGCUGUCUUGCGCACCUCUCUGCAGCACGCUGCGGUUUCAUCAGGACGUGUGAGGGAUUGGCCGCUGUCACUGCUUGUCGUUUUGUGCAUUUUAUUUUUUUUAAAGCAUAUUGGUGCUAGAAAAGGCAGCUAGAGGGAGUGAAUUGUAUUGGGGGACAGGAAUGAACCUUCCACAACUUCUUACGAAUCCACAAGUGAAGGGAUACAAACAUAAUGUGGUCGUAGAUAAGAAACACAGCAACCAUGACUUAACCAUACAAAUGUGGAGGCUAUCAACAAAGAAUGGGCUUGAAACAUGACGAAAAUUGACAAUGAUCUAUUAAAUACAUUUUCUCAGUUGUAACGCCUUCUCCAUCUCCUGUGUGUAAUCAAGGCCAGUGCGAAAAGUCAGAUGCUAUUAGAACCUACAUCAGUCAACCACAUACACUUACUUUAUGAGUUUUCAAUCAUAUACCUGCUGUGGAUGCUUCACGUGCUGCCUGCAAGCUUCUUUUUUCUCAUUGAAUAUAAAAUAUUUUGUAAUGCUGCACAGGAAAUUUCAAUUUGAGAUUCUACAGUAAGCGUUUUUUUCUUUAAAGAUUUAUGAUGCACUUAAUUCAAUCCAAUAGCUGUCAGCCGUUCCGCCCUUUUGACCUUACACAUUCUAUUACAAUGAGUUUUGCAGUUUUGCACAUUUUUUAAAUGUCAUUAACUGUUAGGGAAUUUUACUUGAAUACUGAAUACAUAUAAUGUUUAUAUUUAAAAGGACAUUAUUUGUGUUAAAAAGGAAAUUAGAGUUGCAGUAAAUUUUCAGCACCGCACAAAUAAUAAGGCAUUUACUUUUUCAGUAGAAAUUGUCCCACAUAACGCUUUCAUUGAUGUUUUAUUGAAAGAAUAGAUUUUUUUUUUAAAUGUGCAGUGUUGAAUCAUUUCUUCAUAGUGCUAGACUUAGGACUAGGGCUUCAAUUUCACUUCUUAAAUAUCAUAUAUUUGAUAUGCCCAGACUGCAUAUGAUUCUAAGCAGAGUACAACUACUAUGGUAAAGCUAAUGUGAAGAUACAAUUUAAAAAGAAGUUUUUUCCCCCCCAGAAAUUUGGUGUCUUUCAAAUUAUACCUUGACCUUGAAACAUUUAAAUAUCCAGCCAGUUUAUUUCUUAAUGGUGUAAAAUCUCAUUUUCAAUAACUUAUUGGUGCUGAAAUUGUUCACUAGCUGUGGUCUGACCGAGUUAAUUUACAAAUACAGAUUGCAUAGGACCCAACUAGAGCAGCAUUUAUAGGUUUGAUGGUUAAAUAGAUUAGGCAGAACUUCAUCUAAAAUAUUCUUAGUAAAUAAUGUUGACGUGUUUUCCAUACCUCAUCAGUUUCAUUCAACAAAUAAAAUUUUUAAAUUUUUAACACAGCUCUUAGGGUUUACACAUUUGUAUUUAAACAUUGAUAUAUAGAGAAUUGAUUGCUCAUAAGUUAAAUUGGUAAAGAGACAACUAUUCCUAAGAUCUCAGCAUUGAAAUUUAUAUACCACCUUACUUUCAUAAAAGCUGAAAAUUAUUGACUAAAAUGAAAAUCACCUAUUCAUGUUUUGAUGAUAGUUAUUAAUACUGUUAUUUGUUACAGUUUUGGGCACAGUACAUUAAAACAUAACUUGUGUUGUUCCAAUAUGUAACAUGGAGGGCCAGGUCAUAAAUAAUGACAUUAUAAUGGGCUUUUGCACUGUUAUUAUUUUUCCUUUGGAAUGUGAAGGUCUGAAUGAGGGUUUUGAUUUUGAAUGUUUCAAUGUUUUUGAGAAGCCUUGCUUACAUUUUAUGGUGUAGUCAUUGGAAAUGGAAAAAUGGCAUUAUAUAUAUAUAUUAUAUAUAUAUAAAUAUAUAUUAUACAUACUACUCUCCUUUAUUUCAGUUACCAUCCCCAUAGAAUUUGACAAGAAUUGCUAUGACUGAAAGGUUUUUGAGUCCUGAUUAAAACUUUAUUUAUGACAGUAUUCAUAAUUAGCCUGAAAUGCAUUCUGUAGGUAAUCUCUUUGAGUUUCUGGAAUGUUUUCUUCCUUAGACUUUUUGGAUGUGCAGCCGCUUACAUGUCUGAAGUUACUUGAAGGCAUCAAUUUUAAGAAAGCUUACAGUUGGGCCCUGUGCCAUCCCAAGUCCUCUGUAGCUCCUUGUGAACAUUUUUUUUUUUGCCAUAAUUAUUACAGGGCAGUUGAAUAAAUAGCAUCCCCAUUCUUUGCUGUGGCACAGGUUAUAAACUUAAGUGGAGUUUACCGGCAGCAUCAAAUGUUUCAGCUUUAAAAAAUAAAAAGUAGGGUACAAGUUACAUGUUUAGUUCUAGAAAAAUGUGUGCAAUAUGUUCAUAACGAUGGCUGUGGUCGCCACAAAGUGCCUCGUGUACCUUUACAUACUGUUAAUGUGUCAUGCAUGCAGACGGAAGGGGUGGGACUGUGCACGGAAGUGGGGGCUCUAACCGCAGUGUCCGGCAGCAUUGCCUUCCACCCUGCCGGUUCAAAAGUUCAAUCUGUUUUCAUAGAGAAUAUAUAUACUAAACAUUUCAGUCUGUUAAACAGCCUUACUCUGAUUCAGCCUCUUCAGAUACUCUUGUGCUGUGCAGCAGUGGCUCUGUGUGUAAAUGCUAUGCACUGAGGAUACACAAAAACAUAUGAUGUGUACAGGAUAAUGCCUCAUACCAAUCAGAUGUCCAUUUGUUAUGGUGUUUGUUAACAACCCUUUAUCUCUUAGUGUUAUAAACUCCACUUAAAACUGAUUAAAGUCUCAUUCUUGUCA